GGCCUCGCCCGGGACCGUGUCCCUGCCGCCGCCACCAUGAACAAGCUCUACAUCGGCAACCUCAACGAGAGCGUGACCCCCGCGGACUUGGAGAAAGUGUUCGCGGAGCACAAGAUCUCCUACAGCGGCCAGUUCCUGGUCAAGUCCGGCUACGCCUUCGUGGACUGCCCCGACGAGCACUGGGCGAUGAAGGCCAUCGAAACUUUCUCCGGGAAAGUAGAACUACAAGGAAAACGUCUAGAGAUUGAGCAUUCGGUCCCCAAAAAACAAAGGAGUCGGAAAAUUCAGAUUCGAAAUAUUCCACCUCAGCUCCGAUGGGAAGUGCUGGAUAGCCUGCUGGCUCAGUACGGGACAGUGGAGAACUGUGAACAAGUGAACACGGAGAGUGAGACGGCAGUGGUGAACGUCACCUACUCCAACCGGGAGCAGACCAGGCAAGCCAUCAUGAAGCUAAACGGCCAUCAACUGGAGAACCAUGCCCUGAAGGUCUCCUACAUACCUGAUGAGCAGAUAGCACAAGGCCCUGAGAAUGGGCGCCGGGGUGGUUUUGGCUCUCGGGGCCAGCCCCGGCAAGGAUCGCCCGUGUCGGCAGGGGCUCCCGCCAAGCAGCAGCAAGUGGACAUUCCCCUCCGGCUUCUGGUGCCCACGCAGUAUGUAGGCGCAAUCAUUGGCAAGGAGGGUGCCACCAUCCGCAACAUCACAAAGCAGACUCAGUCCAAGAUAGAUGUGCACCGGAAGGAGAACGCGGGAGCUGCGGAGAAGGCCAUCAGUGUGCAUUCAACCCCAGAAGGCUGCUCCUCCGCCUGUAAGAUGAUCCUGGAGAUUAUGCACAAGGAGGCGAAGGACACCAAAACGGCAGAUGAGGUUCCCCUGAAGAUCCUGGCCCAUAAUAACUUCGUGGGCCGACUCAUUGGCAAGGAAGGGCGGAACUUGAAGAAGGUGGAGCAGGACACGGAGACAAAGAUCACCAUCUCAUCGCUUCAGGAUCUCACUCUCUAUAACCCUGAGAGGACCAUCACUGUGAAGGGGGCCAUUGAGAACUGCUGCCGGGCCGAGCAGGAGAUCAUGAAGAAAGUUCGGGAGGCCUAUGAGAAUGACGUGGCUGCCAUGAGUUUACAGUCCCACCUCAUCCCUGGUCUCAACCUGGCUGCUGUAGGUCUCUUCCCAGCUUCGUCCAGUGCCGUUCCACCUCCUCCCAGCAGCGUCACUGGGGCUGCGCCCUAUAGCUCCUUCAUGCAGGCUCCGGAGCAGGAGAUGGUACAGGUGUUCAUCCCUGCCCAGGCUGUGGGUGCCAUCAUCGGAAAGAAGGGCCAGCACAUCAAACAGCUCUCCCGCUUCGCCAGCGCUUCCAUCAAGAUUGCUCCACCAGAAACACCUGACUCCAAGGUUCGAAUGGUCAUCAUCACUGGACCCCCAGAGGCACAGUUCAAGGCUCAGGGAAGAAUCUAUGGCAAAUUGAAAGAAGAGAAUUUCUUUGGUCCCAAGGAGGAAGUAAAGCUGGAGACCCACAUCCGGGUUCCAGCUUCAGCAGCUGGACGGGUCAUCGGCAAAGGCGGCAAAACGGUGAAUGAGCUGCAGAACUUGACCGCAGCUGAGGUGGUAGUACCAAGAGACCAGACCCCAGAUGAGAACGACCAAGUCAUUGUUAAGAUCAUCGGACAUUUCUAUGCCAGCCAGAUGGCCCAGCGCAAGAUCCGAGACAUCCUGGCUCAGGUUAAGCAGCAGCACCAGAAGGGGCAGAGCAACCAGGCCCAGGCACGGAGGAAGUGACCCCGCCCCCUCCUGUCCUAUUGGGCUCCAGAUCAGCAGGCAAAACGCAGAGCUGGAGGGCAGUGGAGAGCCCGCGUGCUCUUCCCAGCAGGCCUGAGAAUGAGUGGGAAUCAGGAGCCUUUGGGCCUGGCUGGAGAUCAGGUUUGCACACUGACUUGAAAAAAAAUGUUUCAGUGAGGAAUCCUGAUCUCUCGCCCCCAAUUCAGCCAGCUGGCCACGGCCCACCCCUUGGCAUAUCACCAUUGCAGUUGUAGCUCGGGUUGCUUUUAAACGUGGAUUGUUAUGAGGAAGUUCUCCAGCUGUCAGAAGGACGGGUCAGAUCCCAGUGGGGAAGAGAAAUAAAAUUUCCUUCAGGUUUUCUAAAACCUUAAAGGAUGGUUUGUUUCUUGACCCCUCUUCCCCAUUCUUGCCUUCUUGGUUAUUUGAUGAAAAUUCCUCCCCUUCUUAAUGCCUCGACCAACACCUUACCUCUUCCUGUAUUCAUUUACACUGCUAUAGCCUUGUUAUUUUAGGGAAGGGACGUUGAGGGAAGAGGGCUGGAACACAGCUUUGUGGAGAACACUUGUCUAUAGUUGAAUUUUGAUCCUUCCUUAACCAGCCAUUGGGAACAGCAACAUGUAAAGAAGGAGAGAGAUGAUACUUAAAGUAAAUACUGAUCCACGUUUAAAAGGAGGCCUUGGGCUAAGGAUAGAGCUCAGUGGUCAGAGUACUUGCCUGGCAUGUGCAGGACCCUGGGUUCCAUCUUUGGCAUCACAAAGAGGAAAAAUAUUUCCAUGCCCUUAUGGUUGAGAUAUUGCAGAUCACCAUCUUGGAAAAUUGGCACAACUAAAAUUUCUCCCAGGCAGCUGGGGCUCCCCCACCAAGAUUCCCCCCUCAUUUAAGCCCCUCUAACCUUGCGGGUCCUGCUCGGUGCCCUGGUACACAUGGGUGUGCUGCGUGCUCAGCAGGGUAGGGGCUGACCUCUGUCCCUGAUUCCCAUCAUUCUCAGGCGGAUUUUAUAUUUUUUUAAAGUCUAUUUUAAUGAUCGGAUGUAUGAGCUCUGGGAAGGGGGUGUGAGCUCCCUUUGAUAAAGUCUCAGUUCCAUGGAGGAGUUGAGUGGCCCCAAGGUGCUCUCGCUCCAAGCCGUGUGUGCUCUUAGGAGGGCUGGGGUAGGCAUCGCGCUGUGUCCCCACCACAGCACUGCUUCCUUGCGGUGGGACUACAGCCCGACCCCCGAGCUCCCAACAAAGCUUAAAGUCAUCUUCUGGCAGACUUAGUAAAUUGGAGACUAUUGCUUCUGUUUUUAUUCUAGAGGAGUAUUUGACUGACUGCUUAUGCCUCCAUGAAUUGUCAUUGUCAUUAUGAAAGGCAUGCCUGGAAACAAACUUCAGAUUACCAGCAGCAUUGUGCACAAAGGGAUGAACAUACCUAACUUAUUAAUUUAGCAGGCUCAAGGAGAUCCUGUUGGAAGUUCAGCCCUUACGGAGGUAGGCGGCCACCAUUGAGGUCCCGCCUUCCCUCCUGAUACUGUACUGAAUGUAAUGCAUAUUAGCCAGGUAAUGCACUUUAGCUACCCUGGACAAUACUGUCAAGUGUGCUGGGAAGAAAGGAAGGCUCCUCUCUGCAUGUGGAGAAGCCCAUGCACCGAGCUCCCCUCUUCCAGACAUUGCAAGGACAACAGUGACAAAGCAACCAUGACAUGUGGGUGGAGCCAGGCAGUGCUGUGCUAAGUGAACUACCUCAAGGUGUGAAGUUACCUCAGCAAUGAUUUCCCUUUGUUCCCUAAACCCCGGUUUUUAAUUUUCUUUUUUUUUUUUUAAAUUUUUUAAUUUUUUUAAUUUUUUGCGGCUUGCUGAUAUUUUAUAUA